ACACACUGGGUACACAAGCCAAAAAUUUGCCCCAUCUCUGAUUGUCCAUGCCGUCCCUCUGUUUCUCCUGCAGGAUUUCAUGGGUGACCUUGUGGCUGCAGUGUUUUGAGCACUGGAUCCAGAAUGUGAGAUGCCGGUGGUCCUUGAUGGUGGGGGGUGAACAGCUGUAGGAGGGGCUUUGUCAGAUAAGGACAGCAUUAGAUAAAGCCAUUAGUGUCCUGUGGAUUAUUGUAAUCCAGCCUCUCUAUCACUGCUGGCUUGGUUGCUCAUUCUGCAGUCAUUCUUGUCUGGUUUGGAGCAGGUCUGAAGAUGGCUCUCAUCCUGCAGCGUUUCCUGCUGGCUCUGCUUCUUCUGGGAGUGAACGGUAUGAUUUCAGUCUUUACACUCUAGUCCUUAUGAACACAUGAUCUUUGUGAUUUAAAACUUUGAAACUGACAUCUCAAAUGUUAAACUGGUUCCUGACAGAGAAUCUGACAAAUACAGCUAAAUGCAGUCUAUUCCUUCAGAAAUCCUUGAAAUGAUGAUGAUGAUCCAGGUUUUUCUUUGACAUGUUUGGCUUGUCUUUUUCCUAAUUUGUUUAAAUGGAGACAGACUGAUGCACAGAUUUUGUUUGCUACAAUAGAUGAGUGCUGUGUCCUAACAGUCUCUUUUCUUCUCUGUGCAUCAUCGGCUGGCUGGCUGUAUUUCCGUUUCUGUCCAUCUGCCUGAACAGUCUUCAUCAACACUCAUGCUCAAGAGGUAUGAAGGAAUCUCAGCAGAGAUAAGACAUCUUUUUUUUAAUGUUAAUCAACCAAAACCAGCAGUUAAUGCUCAAAAUGCAGGUCAAAGUGUUGUACAUCUAUUAGAAAUAUAUCUGUUCAGAGAAAAGCUGUCUCUAAAACGGACAUUAUUUUUGCCUUUUAACAAAUGAUCCAUGAGAUUUUUUUUUACAGUUAAUGUUGAAAAUGACAUCAGGUGUCUGAUCAUGCUUUUUUGAGUCCUGAUUAAAAUGUUGUUUGUGUCUGUGAGGCGGGUGUGUCUGAAACAUGGACCAGCAGGUCUUGCAAAUGUGACUGUGAAGGAGGAGAGACCCCGACUGAGUUUUCCACCAUUGGUACUGGCUCCAUGGUGCGAGGAGUGGACUGCAUGCCUGGUAAGAUUCACCAAAUACACUUCCAACACAGAACUGUGGUUUUGCCCAUGUAACAUUGUCAUGAAAAAGCCCAUUUACAAUUCUCACAGGAUUUUUAUUUUGUGAACUUUUGCACCAAACUGGUUUUUGUAUCCACUGAUAAUGAACAUUUGGUUUCCUCACCAAAAAAGAAGACAAUGAUCACAGUUUGCAGUGUGUUCUGACAUUGUAGGUCUGUGACAUGAUAAUUUUUCCUCCGUAUUAAUCGAUCUGGCAGAUAUUUUCUCAUUUUAUAGACUGAUCCUUCUGUUAUCAAACUUUAAGUGAAAUGAAUAUAUUCUGAUUUUCUUAUUUGAGCGUGACUAAAUCUACAUUUAUUCACAACGGCGAGGAUGAAACUACCAACUUUUGUCAGAUCACUCUCAAAAUGACCAAAACAAACAGCAGGUAUACUGCUACUAAAAUAGCUCUCCAUUUAAAUCUCUGUCAUUGUUUAAUCAACAAAUCCUUUAAUCUCUAUAAUGCUGAUUACACAGAUAGAAGGAGGAUCUCUGCAUGCACAUGCACAUGCAUGAGUGAAUUAGACUCCAGAUUUGUCACCACAGGGUGGACAUGCUCCACUGGACAUUUUCAGUGAAGAUGAUGCAGAUGGAGCCAUGAAAAGAAACACAAAUGCCCCCAUUCAAGCUAAAACCCUGCACUCUAUUUCCAUCAGAUGAUGUAUGUGGUCGAUUUUUUUUCAUCUGAGUGCAGGUCAUUUGCUUAAGUAAAAGAGUGAAAAACCAUGUGAGUGCAGCCGCAUGUAUUGUGCAUGAAUUGUGUUGGCUUUGUCGAUGUAUGGAGGGCUGCAGAGCUGGGGAUUCACUGUGAGUCAAAUGAGCCUCAAACACUCUGCGGCAGCUGAUUGACAGGAGGAGCAAGUUCAGCAGAUCAUCAUCAUCUCAGGGCAAUUUGAACAGAUUAUGGGACUCAGACUGCGCUGUUCACACAAUUAAAGAAACCCGUUAUUACCACAGCCUGUAUGAUAAAAGAUGAGGGGAGUAUGGACCUUCUCUUUGAGUCCCACUUCUGUUUUUUCCCCCCCGUGAGUCAACCAUCUGCACAUAAAACACAUUAGAGAGGAACAAGUGUCUCUCACAUUGCAGUUAUGUAAACACUUAUCUCCUGACUCACACACUCUGCUGCUGCUGUACACAUUGUAAUACAGGGAUUAGACAGGAUGCGACCCUGCACCGGAUAGGCUUAAUCCACUAGUAAACAAAAGCGCAGCAGGUUUCAGCUCCACACAUCCACAGCUGAUGUUUCAUAAACUUUAGGGGGAAGGAAAUCCCUCAUGCACAGCUCUCCUAUCUUUCCUGUUUAUAUCUUUAUAACGUGCAAUCUCAAAGUCCAUGAGGGUUUUACUUUAAUGUGAUUUGAGUGGGAGUUAGAGAGUAGAAUGGCAGAUGAAAACAUGCGAGGAACACAGAGCUAAAGCUGUGGAGAGGAGAACAUGGCCAUCUGUCUGCCUGCUGCCCUAAUGGACAUCACUGAUCUCUCUCAUUGUGGAGAAUUAAACUGUGGGCUUUUAGGAGGGGGAUAUGGGUCACACUAGGGCUUCUAACAGGAGGGGGCUUUGGGAUCGGGAGGGCGUGAGGACUGGAGGGAGUAGGAAGGACAGAGAGACGGAGGCUUAGUGAAGAUCAUUUUAGUGAUUUUCUGCUUAGCUAACAUGUUUGUGACUUUGUGAUCCACGCAGCCCUGAGGCCUCAAAGUGAAAAACAAUGACUGAAAAGUAAACAACAGAUUUAAGUUUACACCUCCAUGUGUCUGAUCUCACUGCAGAGUGUCCCUACCACAAGCCUAUGGGCUUUGAGGCUGGAUCGGUAAACCCAGACCAGAUCACCUGCUCCAACCAGGACCAGUACACUGGCUGGUUCUCCUCGUGGCUCCCCAGCAGAGCCCGCCUCAACACCCAGGGCUUUGGGUAAGAAAAGGCAAUGUUGUUUCUGUCAAGUUCGGCUUCAACGCAAAGAGAGAGGACUGAAAUGCAGAGUGAUAAAUUAGAAAAAAAUGCAUGACAAUUUUAAGACAACAAACAUAACAUUUGCAGAAUUACAUAACAGCGAGUAUUUUUAGUCUCUGGCAACAAAUGCAUGAGUUUGAUUUAAUUUCAACUCAAAAAUGAGGCUUCUGCCAGACACAGAUGACUGUCCUUUCUCAGGGGAGAGACCCUCAUGAACAAACGUCGGCGCGCUCGCCAUCUGUGAGGAAUUUGGAAAAAAAAAUGCACUCUAAUCAAAUGUGACCGUUUGUGCGUUACGUAAGGUGCUUUUGUGUGGCUGACGCAUCAAUAUGGUCCUGCUUAAACUCAUACAAAUAAAUUCAAUCAAGCAAUGCAUGACAAGAUAUGAUACAUGAAACCGCUUAGUCAGAGGAGCUGUGACGUGUGGCACUAAGAGAGAAGUGUCUUUUCUGCUGGUGUUAAUAAAUUCACACAUGAGAAAAUGAAUUUGUGAUUCACAGCAGGUUAGAAAAAGAACUUUAUUCCCAGAUUUCUGACUGUACUAGUCUUAAACUUCUGAUCGUAAGGUUUGCUGACCUCCAGUGGUUACAUUUCUUCUCUGCCUGCAGUGUUGUGCAGGAUUACUCUCAUGACAUCAGUUAAGGGUGCAUCUAUAGGUGCUACAGAGCAUUUGUGUGAGCAUCACUGCUGGGGUGGUGCGAUGCAAAACAGAGCUAAAAACCAAACAUGAUCAGAGUGGGAGGUAAAGAUGAGCCCAGGUGAUAUCACCUUAAAUCUUAAACUCACUGUGUUUCUGGUGCAGGUGUGCUUGGCUGUCAAAGUUCCAGGACAGCAGUCAGUGGCUGCAGAUCGACCUCAGGGAGGUGAUGGUGGUCUCAGGGAUCCUCACUCAGGGCCGCUGCGAUGCUGACGAGUGGGUCACCAAGUACAGCAUCCAAUACCGCUCCGAUGAGAAACUCAACUGGAUCUACUACAAGGACCAGACUGGGAACAACAGGGUCAGCUGAACCAGUAGAAGCUCAAAAAACACAGUUCAGACUAUAUCUCAGACAUUGCUGAUCUUGUUUUGUUGGAUUCAGUGUCAUUUCUCCAAUUGAACUAUUUAACAAGUUUAUCUUUUAAACUGUUUUGACUUUUGGGCAAAAACCUGAAAAUAUCUGGUCUGAUGAAGAUCCCUCAUCUCGAUCAUGAUGAUUUGUUGUUGGAAAGAAAGAGAUUUUCAUCGAUAAUGUUACUAAUUUAAUGAUGAUUGAAAUCGUGUUUCAUAAUAAAUCUACAGAUUACAGCUCUAAAAAUAUGCCCUCUUCACUUCACAUCAAUGUAAUUCAUUCUUGUUGUUUUGGCGGCACCUUCAAGUUGUUUAUUAUCCUGAAAAAUUACACCAUGACUAAACAAAGGUCAAGUCAGUCCAUACUUGUCAGUCUAACCUCACCUGUCCAGUCCUGACCUUGAGCCUCUCUCUCCACAGGUGUUCUAUGGAAACUCUGACCGCUCCUCAUCCGUGCAGAACCUCCUCAGGCCGCCCAUCGUUGCUCGCUACAUCCGCAUCCUGCCGCUGGGAUGGCACACACGCAUCGCCCUGCGCCUGGAGCUGCUGCUCUGCAUGAACAAAUGCAUGUGAACCUUUCCCCCCCCCGCAAUCCCCCUACACCUUUCCCUGAACUUCAUCUUUCCCUACAGCUUGAGUUUGUGGCCCGUCAUUACAUCCCCAGAUUAAACCCUCCAGCUACAUGCAGAAAACCGCAAAAAAUAUUCCGCUGAAGCACGUUUAAAAAAACAAACAAAGCAGUUAGACUUGAGAUAUUUGUUUGAUAUGCAGAGUGAGCCUCCAUUCACUCCACUCCCCAUUGUCUGUGCUGAACCUGCCUCACUGUGGGGGCUUUAAUUUGCUCAGUUCUCAAUAGAUUUGAAAUGAAAUGGCAUAAAUUCAAAGCAAUAAUUAGAUGUUGAGAGAGUGAGAGGGGCAGCGUUGCUAUGGAGGUUUGAUUCAGCCGUCUGGGACACGCUCCUCAAAAACCCGCGUGUCCUCCUGUGACAGGUCUGUUUGAUUGUGUGCUUCACCUGAUGUGUUAGAAAUAAAACCGGCUUAUAUCUUUAGGAAAGUUUUACCUGAUUACUUCAGGUUAUGCAUGUCUACAUUAUUCAUGACACUCACUAAUCCGAUCCAGACAAGUUAUGAUCCUACUGAGCUGAUGUUGUGUGAUCCUUUUGAUUUAAAUUCAUUUACCAUAAAAUAAUCAGAAGGUGGCAUGAAAAGUGACACAUUGCUUAACUCUAUUAAAACAAGGGCAUCAGAGUUUAUAUCACCUUUUAAGUAUCCUGUUUAAUGUCAAAUAGCCUCCAAAAGAUGUUGUUUGUACUCAUGCUUGUUUGUUAACAUAACACCAUCUGCCCAGCGUUCAAGGGUAAUUGCUAAAGCUACUUAUGGUAAUGUUAUUGUAAUGAUCAGGAUUACAGACUGACAGGCCUACAAAGAUAUUGGUAUUUCUCACUGAUGAUAAACUAUACAUCAUAUAUUUUAACAAAUAUAAAAACACCUCUCUGUGAUUUUAUCCCCUGCUCACUCCUCGCCUGUAAAAAAAAAUCGUUUUUAAUCUCUGAAAUAUAACACUCUGAAAUGUGUUUUAAAGAUUGAUAAAUGGACAACUUGCCAAUAUUCAAAUGUGUUUUUUUGAUUGUGGCUCACUCCUGACUUUUUUUGUAAAAUUUCAAAUCAGUUUCCCAUGAUGCUUUGGGAAAAAAUGUCUCUUUAUUGUAUCUUUAAAUUGCUUCCUUCAUUAAAUCACUACUUGUCUCA